UGGCAGAGGCAGAGAGGCCAGCCUGGAUGUGACCUGACCUGCGCCCUGUGACCUGCACGCGCGUCAGGCAGGCAGGAUGUGGCAGUGCAGGAAGUGUGGCAGGCCGGUGUUCUUUGCGGAGCGGAAGCAGUCGCUGGGGUUUGACUGGCACCCAAACUGUCUGCGCUGCGAGGAGUGUGGCAAGCGGCUCAACCCAGGCCAGCACGCCGAGCACAAGGGGGUGCCGUACUGCCACCACCCCUGCUAUGGCGCCCUCUUCGGCCCACAGCUCUUUGGCCACGGCACACGGAAUGAGUGCCACACCUCCUUCGGCAAGGUGGAGAACAGAGACGGCCAGGUGAAGAGGUCCCAUCUAGAGUCAAGCCUCAAAGUGUACAACCAGUUUUAUGAAGGAAAACCAGGAGAGAUCAAGAGCAGAGAGGUCAACGGGCGGAUGAUCCUGGAGGGGGUGCUCAAGAUCUACUGGGGGGUGAGAAACAUCAUCCACCUGAAGGAAGAGGAUGACCAGCGGACCUUUGCCAUUCGCCGUCGCUCCACUGCAUCCGCCUCAUCCACGGGACCCUCGGAUGACUUCUACUCUGAUAGUGAUGAGGAACAACCACUGUGGUGCGACGACCCCCAAGUUAACGGCUGCAGCACCCCAACCGCUCAGUCCCCCAGCUCCCCGCAGACCCCAAAGCCGCAGGCCCCCUCCACCCCCACAACCCCCGGGAGGAGAAGAGGCGAGGAGGAGGAGGAAGAGGAGGAGGUGGAAGAGGAUGAAGGAAGACAGGAAUAUGGGUGGAGUGACACACAAGAUAGUACAUUAAAAUACACUACUACUACAACUACUACUACUACUACUACUACUACUACUACUACUUCUACUUCUUUAGACAACCAUAUUGACUCCACCAACAAUAACAAAAGAAAUAUAAGUAAAAAUGAAGAAGAAAGAAGUUUAGAUGUGGAAGGAAAUGGAAGACAGGAGGAUAGAUCUUCCACCACCUCCACCGCCACUGCCACAUCCACCCCAGUCCGCCGAGCUGCCACCAAGACCGGGAGCUCCGCCAUCCGCCGCCGACCUGGGAGACGGAUGGACAAGACAAAGCUCAAGAGGCGGUGCUCAAUCAACGGGCACUUUUACCUACGGGAGACUAGCAGCUUCACGCCCCCACACGCCUCGCCCUGCAGUGUGUGGAUCACUUCCCUGGUCACAGUGGGAGAGGUGCUGAACAUGCUGCUGGAAAAGUACAGGGUGGAGAUGUCGGCCAGGAAUUUUGCUCUCUUCGUCAUCAAGGACAAUGGGGAGAGGCGCAGGAUCAGGGAUGAGGAGUACCCGCUGAUCACAAGAGUCAUGCUGGGGCCGCACGAGGAGGUGGCGCGAGUCUUCAUUGUUGACGCUCACCAUACAGACGAGAUUUCCCCGCAGGUGGCGCAAUUCCUUAACUUGAGCCUGGCAGAGUGUCGGGCCAUCCUGCAGCAGUACCAGCAGGAGGAGGUGCGGCAGAUCAAGGCAGUGAGGCAGAAGUAUGCAGACAUGGCCUUCUACAUCCAGAGGAGAAUGAAGGAACUGAGAGGAGUGUAGAUAGAAGGAGGAAGAGGAGAAAGAGGAGGAGGAAGGGAAAGAAGAGAAGGAAGAAGAGGAAGAGGAGGAUUAAAAGGUGAUGUGUUUGUGUGUGUUUGUGUAGAUAAGUGGGGAGAUAAUUUGUUUACUUGUAGAUUAUGAUGUAGAUUGGUUUGUAAAGAAAAAGAUGAAUUAAUUUGAGUGAGAAGUGGAAGGAAAUGAAAGUAGAUAGGACCAAAUAAAGGAAAGGAGAAGAGAAAUAUAGAUAGGAUGAAAGAGGAAGGUGAGAAAGGUACAUAGGAUGAUAAAAAGGAAGAAAGAUAGGAUGAAAGAAGAACAUGAAAAAAAGAUAAGAAGAAAAGGAAUAAAAACUUUGAUAGAAUUUAAAAAGAAAAGCAAAAAAAGAAGAUAG